CGUGGCUCGCUGUUGUCGUUGAAUCAUAUAGGCACGUUGCUUAGUGCAUCCAACAUGCCAUUUGCUGCUGACUCUGGAAGCUAAGGACGGUGUGGCUGUCCGUUCGCAGACGUCUUCUGCGUCUCUUUCCAGCGGAGCAACCAAUCGCCUGCGAGAGCGGAUAUGACGUCGUCUCGCCGAGGGCGGUAUCUCGCGUCGCUUUCAUGAAGCUUCGGCCUCCCCGCCUUCCGCUCGUCUGGUCAGAUGCAGUGAUGGCGUCCAACAGAAGGGAUCGUUGGAAAUUGUUCUGCGUUUUAGCAGUGGUUUUGCCCGCGCUUGUGCACUGCGAGGGAAACCAAGUGGUACUAUUGGAUACGACAACAGAAAGCAUUCUCAACUGGACGAGGUAUCCCUACGGACCACAGGCACGGACGCCGGGGUGGGUGGAAGAAAGCUUCACGAACUUCGAGAAGGGCUUCAACUGGCGAUCGUACGUCGUCUGCGACGUCGCCUACAACAACGUCAACAACUGGCUAUGGACGCCGUUCAUCGAACGAGGACCCGCUCACCGCAUCUACAUCGAGCUUAUGUUCAGUAUGCGCGACUGCAGUCUCUUCCCCGGCAUGGCGCUCUCGUGCAAGGAAACCUUUUCGCUCCUCUAUUACGAAUUCGACGCCGCGACGCGCGACCCGCCGCCUUGGGAGCCGGAGUCGUACCGUCCCGUCGACAGGAUAGCGGCGGACGAAGGACGCUUCACGUCCACGGCGGAAGUGAUCAUCAACACGGAAGUGCGUUCCGUCCCGGUCACCAAGAAAGGGAUCUACUUUGCUUUUCGAGACCAAGGGGCUUGUAUGUCCCUCAUCGCUGUCAAGGUGUACUACAUUGUAUGUCCCAACGUGACGACGUCGCUAGCACAUUUUCCGGAAACACCGACGGCGAGCGAAGUGACCGCCAUUGUGGCGACCGAAGGGCAGUGCGUUGCCAACGCCAGAGUGACAGACUCGCCACCGCGGAUGCUCUGUAAAGGGGACGGGAACUGGACUAUGCUCUCCGGUGGCUGCGCCUGUCUGCCUGGCUAUCGGAACAUCGGCGGCGCGUGUCUUGAAUGUCCACCGGGCACCUUCAAGGCUGCAUCGGGAGACGGGCCGUGCAUGCGCUGUCCCGCGUUCAGCGUCGCACCCGAACCAGGAUCGACUGAGUGCCAUUGCAAAGAGCGCUAUUUCCGGAACCCGAGUGAUCCCAAAUCGAUGCCUUGUACACAACCACCCAGAGCUCCGCAGAACCUGUCGGUGAGCUGCGUCGACCAGUCGUCGGUGACCCUGACGUGGCACCCACCGUCCAAUCAGGGUGGGAGGGAGGACACGACAUACAGGGUGGUGUGCGACAUGUGCGGACCCGGCGCCACCUUCUCGCCAUCGCGUCAGGGGUUCAACGAGACGAGCGUCACCGUCGGUGGUCUGCGGCCCGUCACCACUUACCGAUUUCAGGUCUAUGCCGAGAAUGGUGUAUCUGGCUUCGACAAGGGACACCACGCAGACAUCACCCUGAAAACGGAUGCUUUCGUGCAAUCGGUGAUCUCCAACGUCCGUGUCAAAUCCAUCAGGAGCACGGAGGUCCUGCUGGCAUGGGAUGCACCCCGCGAUCCGUUCCCCGAAAUCGAGCGCUAUGAAGUGCGCUACUUCCCACGAAAGUGGGCCAAGAACGAGACGCUGCUUCAGUCCGUAAAAGUGCAGCUCACCAUCGUCGGACUGCGGCCCCGGACAGAGUACGGCUUCCAAGUGCGCGUCAAGACCACGCGAGGAUUCGGAGAGUACAGCGAUCCUGUCUUCCUCACUACUGGGCAGUACACACACAGUCCUGCCCUCGUAGGCGAUGAAGACAAGGUCCAAGUGCGAAUAAUUGCGGGGGCAACUGUGGCUGGGGUUCUUUUGGUCAUCAUAUUUAUCGUCAUGGUCAUCCUCUACAUAAAGCGAAGCUCGGACGACUGCAACAAGAAGCAGCCCAGUGACUGUGACACUCUCGAAUACCGUAACGGUGAAGGUAAGAAAUUAGUCCCUGCUUUGGAGCAUCCUCCUAUCGUUCAAACGGCACGAUUGACAACGCCGUUGUUCACGCACUGCGGAAUGGCUGCAUCAAGGGCCUAUGUCGAUCCGCACACCUACGAGGACCCCAACCAAGCUGUGCGAGAAUUUGCGCGCGAGAUAGACGCCUCACACAUCACCAUCGAAGCCAUCAUCGGGGGCGGGGAGUUCGGGGACGUGUGCCGGGGAAAGCUGAAGUCUCCCGGCACGGGACGUCCGGAGAUCACGGUUGCCAUCAAGACGCUGAAGCCCGGCUCGCACGACAAGGCCCGCAUGGACUUCCUGACAGAGGCCAGCAUCAUGGGCCAAUUCGAUCAUCCCAACGUGAUCUUUCUCCAGGGAGUCGUCACAAAGAGCAAUCCCGUGAUGAUUGUGACAGAGUACAUGGAGAAUGGCUCUCUAGAUACAUUCCUUAGGGCCAAUGACGGCAAAUUUCAAGUGAUCCAGCUGGUGGGCAUGCUGAGAGGAAUUGCAGCUGGAAUGCAGUACCUGUCUGAAAUGAACUAUGUGCAUCGGGACUUGGCUGCACGGAACGUUCUCGUGAACGCAAACCUCAUCUGCAAGAUUGCUGAUUUUGGCCUGUCUCGCGAGAUCGAGAGCGCGACGGAGGGGGCGUACACAACGAGGGGCGGGAAGAUUCCAGUGCGGUGGACAGCACCCGAGGCCAUAGCAUUCCGCAAGUUCACCUCCGCGAGCGACGUCUGGAGUUUUGGCAUAGUGUGUUGGGAAGUGAUGUCGUAUGGGGAAAGGCCAUACUGGAACUGGUCAAAUCAGGACGUCAUCAAAAGCAUAGAGAAGGGGUAUCGUCUUCCUGCACCAAUGGAUUGCCCCGAAGCUGUGCAUCAGCUCAUGCUUGACUGUUGGCAGAAGGAUCGGUCGCACCGGCCUCAGUUCAGCAGCAUUGUCAAGACGCUAGACAAGCUCGUAAGAUGCCCCGAAAGCUUGAGAAAAAUUGCUCAGAAUAGGCAUCAGAACCCAUUGGAUCCCAACGCUCCAGACAUGACACAGUUCAAGACAGUGGAAGAGUGGCUAUGCAGCAUCAAGAUGAGCCGUUACCUGGAGAGCUUUCAGAGGGGUGGAUUCGACACCAUGGACGCUGUGUCACGGCUCACACUCAAGGACCUCACCGCUCUCGGUGUCGUGUUAGUGGGGCACCAGAAGAAGAUCAUGAACAGUGUACAGACUCUACGGGCCCAGAUGAACGCCACAAUGUCUGACGGAUUCCUGGUAUGAACGGUGCUGCCGUCUACGGUGUUAGCAAUUUUUUAGGACAGAUACCUCGCCCCGGGCCAACGGCGCACAAGUCCGUCGACCACUACGUGCUCAUUAGCUAUGCAACAACGCAAAAACCGUGGUGCAACGAGCGUCGACGGAAGUGCAGCGUCACCGAUUGCCGCCGCGGCAGAAAUCAUGCAAGAGAGAGAGAGAGACGUGUACAUAGUAACGAGAGAGACCGAGGCACAUAUCAUUUCGCGCCGCACUUAAACGCAUCAUAUCAAGCCAUCUCACAACUCCUCGUAUACAUGACAUCAAAAAAGUCUCUGUGCCAGUGCGAAAGGGCGGUUCUGUUUCAUAUCAAUCUCUUUCUUCUUUUUUUUUCUUUCUUUUUUUGUGAGGCACAAAGAAUGUUCUUUGCUCACGGGACCUUGUGAUGAUAUAUUAACGGAACUUAGCUUUUUUUAAAUCUUCCAAACGUGUGUGUACCUUUGGAAGGGACGAUGUAAAGUGAGAAAAAGAGUGGCAGUGACAACGAAGACUCAAGUGUGUGCCCGUUUCCUCAGCGGGGAAGAACUCUGAGGGAACGUCUGUGUUCGUUAAUCCCCUCUUGGUGUGCCAUCAACUUAGGUGCUUCAGCGUACAUUAUGCAAAGUGGCGUCCCACCUUCCUCUGCUUUGGUCCAUUCCUUUUCCCCGUAUCGUACGGUUUUUUUAGUUCUGAAUCCCCACAUGAGUGUUACGUGUCUCUCGCCUGCCUCUACGGCAGCCAUUCCUGUAACUUUGCUCAACGAAUAUGCAGGCACGUUGUUCUGUCUGAAAUGCAUCCGGAGGCUAAUAAUAUAUGAAGAAUGCAGUUGAAUGUUUGGCCAAGUUUAAGGGGAAGUUUACGCUCAGAAGGUUUGUGCUGAACUUCUUAAAAUGGAGCAAAAAAUCUCGUAAAAAAUGAUCUUCGUUGUAAUUAGUUUUCUACCGUGCUGCUUUUAUUUCGUUGUAUAAUUAUUACUGUUAGUGAUGCACUUUGAUUCGAUCUCAUGUAAGUGGUACUUAGCACUGUAACAUUUGCACUACUGCAUUUCACGCUACCUUUAACCCUUUGCUGGGCGAGCCUGAAGGUCUGUCAUCACACGAGUCAGUGCCUCGGGUCACAUCAGUCUAAGGCUCUGCUUCAUAUGCAACCAUCUUGAAUUUCUUUUGCCAGUAAUAAGAUAACAUUCCGUCCUGUAUCCCUCGACAAAUCCGUUGUGCACUAAACGAACUGAAACUUGCAGGUGGUAUCCCAUCGUGCGACAUUCCUGUCCUAGGUUGCGUCUGACUGACAAGGUGUGCCCUGAUUGGCCAUGACAUGCCUGGCAUGAUCCUGCCAUCCCACACCUACUAACUGUCUCACUGGAGGCAGAACGUUUGUAAGACCCAACUCACACUGAUGGCAUACUUCUAUGGGAAUGUCCAUUGCUCGUAUAAACGACAUCAUGCUUUCUCACCAAACUCAAUACGUACCGGACGUUGAUGUACGAUUGCGCCAAAAUCGUACCUUGUAUCAACAUAAGACGUUUUGCGGAUGUCCACGGGACAUUCACAGGACGUCGGUCAGAUGCCCCGAGUUAUUGAAAGGUAGUGGACCUCGGAGCUAGGAAAACAUACAUCCGUGAUAAGUGAAGGGGGAAGGGACAACUUUAAACGCGAGUCAUCAGCACGCACGAAACAUGGAUUUGUGGUGUGUACUUGGGAUGUGUGUGGGAUGUUUCCUGUGGAUGUGUGACGGAGAGCGAAUGUAUUGCGAGCGAAUGAGCGGGUAUUUAUUUUGUGUUUCAGGCUGUGGAAAGAGAAGUGCUGUAAUAUAUAUAUAUACAUAUAUAUAUACAUGUGCAUGCAGAGAAUGCCUGGGAGAGAGAGAAAGGAACACCUGUACUAUAACGAUGCAUCCUACUGUAUAAGCCAGUGUAAAUGUUUUUUUUUAUAAUGUUUACUUCACGUGUCAGUGGUUGUUAGUCAAGAAUCCUCAAUGGUAGCGUGUGUGUGUCUGGGUGUGCCGCUGGUCCUCCUUUAUAAGCAGCUUUCCGUUUAUUCUCCCCCCGUCUUGUUUUUUUCCCCCGCUGUUGUACGCUAGUUCAGCACACUCUGUUUUGUAUUUACGCAUCCCUAGUCAUGAUCUCGUUUUCCUUUCUCAUCAUCCUCAGAGUGCGAGGUCUUGUUUCUUCUUUGUUUAUUGUGUUGACAAUUAAAAAAAAAAAAAAACAGGAUAAAAUGUGGAGCACCGUCACACAGUGGUCAGCAGUGUAGGGGCGACCGACCGACCCCUCCACGUCCCUGUUCAGUUUUGAAGGAGGACAACUUUUGCAGAACUUGAAAGUGUCUUUUUUUGUUUUGACGUGCCCGGCGUACGUACUACCACGUUUGCAGACGUCUGCGUAAUUUUUUGUGCUCCCGGACUGUACAGUAUGCAUAUAUGAGUAAUCGUGUCCUUAGGGACAUUCUCAGAAUCCUUUAUUAAUAAAAUUUAAUUUUUAUUGACAA